CUGAGGUGAUGGACUUUCUUCAUGGCGUUGUAUGGAGUAACGUUUAACUGAAAUGCCGACUGAAAUUUACCAGAAAUUGCUCAAUAGUCACAGGUUCCACUGGUUCGUUAUGAGGAUUUGGGUUUCCUUCUCCAUUGUAAAACUAUGCUAUUAAAUUGAGUGUGUCCCAAGAAGAUGACCUGUCUAUGACUGAUUCCUGCCUUGACCUUCAUGCUUUCAGGAAAGCCACCCUACAAUCAUCUACUUUACAAAACACAAUGGGAAAGAAGCAGAAUGGCAAGAGCAAAAAGACAGAGGAAGCUGAGCCUGAAGAAUUUGUUGUUGAAAAAGUUAUUGACAGAAGAGUUGUGAAUGGCAAAGUUGAAUACUAUCUGAAGUGGAAAGGCUUUACAGAUGCUGACAAUACAUGGGAACCAGAAGAAAACUUGGACUGUCCUGACUUAAUAGAAACUUUUCUGAACUCUCAAAAAACUACAGUUGAAAAACCAGAUUCAAACAAAAGGAAACUACAGUCGGAAAGUGAAUCUGAUGAUGGCAAAGCAAAGAAGAAAAAAGAAUCUGUUGAUAAACCCCGUGGUUUUGCUCGAAACCUUGAACCAGAACGCAUCAUUGGUGCAACAGAUAGCAGUGGGGAGCUAAUGUUUUUAAUGAAGUGGAAAGAAUCUGAUGAAGCUGAUUUGGUUCCAGCAAAAGAAGCAAAUGUGAAGUGCCCUCAAAUUGUAAUUGCUUUUUAUGAAGAGAGACUUACUUGGCAUUCCUGUCCAGAGGAUGAACAGCAGUAAAUGUGGUGUUAAAUGGAAAUCUUAUGGGAAUAUUUUUAAACCCCUAAUUCAAGCUUUUUAAUAGACAGUAUUACUUGAAAUUGCAUAGCACUGGAAAAAGCCAGUUUGGUCUGCAGUUUGCUCUGAUUUAAAGUCUCAGGGUUUUCUUACUAGAGCAGACAGUGACUAAGGUAUACCAUUAGUGAGUGAUGGACAUGACCAGUUUUACUAUAUGGUAUCUUUUAUUCCUUUUUGGCUCUUCCCCUUCCUAAGAUCUGGUUUCUGGUAAUUUCAUGUUAGUUAGUCCUUACAAAAGCUCAGACAUUUUAUGGUCUGCAUUCAUAAAGCAGAGUUUAGACCUGUGGUUUUGAUUGAUGUUUUGCCUUAAAGUUCAUGUUUAAUUUUUCACAACACACCUUUGAAGUCCUUUUAAUCAUUUUGUGUUUUUGUAAAUAUUUUUGAACAGUUAAAUAAAAUUUCUGUGCUUCUGUUUAAUUCCAGCUUUUCCAUUUGGUGGGGAGAAUUGCAAUGUUCAUCAAAUGCCUGCAUAACAGAGGCAUUAAAAUUAGUAACUGUUCUUGUUUAUAUCUUAAUGAUCCAAGUUGAGGGGUGGAGGUUUUGACUAGAAGCGAAUUCUGUUUAGAAUCCAGGCAGUCAUUUAAGGCUUUGUUUUAGUUAAGCUUCAGGUAGCCAAAGCUGAGGAAACAGUGUAUAUCAGCUAUAAAAUGUACUACUGAAUUCCAUAUGCAUACUACAGCAGCUCCUGUAACUAAACUGCUUGUUAGUUAAUUGGCUUACUUUCUUCAUUUUUUGAAGACUAUAUAACUUCUGUGCAAACUGAAAACCUAAAUAAUGCGUAUAAUGAGCUGGUGGGGGUGACCACAUUUCCCUGGCUCAAAACUGAAUAAAUUGUUUUCUCUUAUCACCUGACAACCUUUUUAUGUAAACACAUUUCUUCUUUGGUAAUGAAAGCUACUGUUGCUACCACACUUCAAUUCAUUCAAACUAAUGUAACAUCCUUGUUACCUAUUAAGUAUGUUUACAAUAAACUAAAAAAACUGCCUUUUGUUAAAAGCAGAAUAUCUUCAUGCUGAGAAAUGUUUUGUAUGCAUUUGUGCAAAGAACUAAACCUGUUGGGAAGGGACUGUACCUAAUAAAUACCAAUAUUAUGACAUGCUGUCAUCUACCCCAGA